CUCGUCUUCUGCAAGAGCCAAGUCUUUGUACAUCCCAGCAAGAAGCGUGAUGACAAUAUCCCCGGGUACUUGGGUCUGGCUUCGAGCGCAAAAACGGGACCGACGACGAUGGUCUUGUUCUGGGUCCCGGCUAGUGUGGUAGAAGGACUCGAUGAGGAGGAUGGGUACCUCAAGGUCUCUGAGCGGGCGGACAAGAUCUUGCAACAACGGGCUGGGGUCGCGGAUUCGAACUCGGAAAAAGCGCAUUCCGAGAAGACUAGGAGGCGGAAAGAGAUGGAAUACGCUUGGAGCGUGCCUAUGGAGGAGAUUUACAGUAUCUUGGUCUACGCGCCGAGUUUGGGUCAGUGGUAUGGGAGUAUCACCGUCAACCUACUCGAAGGUCUUUCCAUGCCCAGCCUGUAUUUCCACGACGAAGAGUCCCCGACGACGCUGGAGAUCCUCAAGACCUCGCGAUCGAGCACGAGUUUGGCGACUACCGGAUCCGGUCCCGAGACUCCCGAAGCCUCUCAAAGAUCAAAGGUGCCCUGGGGUGCCACGCCGUUGUUCUCCGCUCUGCGAUCUCACGCGGAGAUCCUUCGAUCCAGGUUGGAGCCUAGGUUGUUCCUCGUGAAUCCUUCGAAAUCAGAUAGAGAAGUUCACGAGAUCGAUCUAGGGGAUUCGGCGGAGAACGAUCGGGUCUUGCCCAAGGUCGGGACAUCCAGCGAUAGCAACAAUGCCGAGCGCAAGGCUUAUCCUCCCAAGGCUAUCUUCCCCGAGCCUACUAGCAGCAAUCCUACAGGCGAUUUCCCUGCGGCGACGUUCCUGCAUCCGACCAGAACACAGCUGUUGUCGGGCUUUUCCCAGUUGACGCAGAGAGCCAAGAGCCUGACUCGGGACAUCUUGAGCCAGCCGUUCGCCGAACCGAUCGUCACGCAUCUGCCGGCUCCGGUGCGUGAUUUAGUGAAUCCGUCGUCCGAAUGGGAAGCCAGAAAGACCGGGGACAAGAAGAGCAAUGUCGCUGGCGAAUUCGAGUCGGCGCGUGUAUAUCUUGCUCGCUGGGCACGGGUUGUCGCCGAAGAAGGCGAGCGUUCUCGCAAAGCUGAAUUGGCAGCCAAAGCGCGUCGUGGUCUGUCGCAGACGGACAGUGGCACGGAAGCACGCAGCGACCUGGGCGUGUUCGAAUUGAUUCGGAGCGUAAAGGCAGGUGGAGAACCGCCCGUCACUACGAGGGUAACGGGGAACCCUGUCAAGAUGGACGAGAUCUGGGAGUGGCAUUCAAAAGGAUUCGAGGAGACGCUCUUCCGCAAAGAGAUCUUCCGGAGAGGGGCCGCUGCGGGCGAAGCAAGACGUUGGGCAUGGGAAGUGAUGCUCGGCGUCAUAGGCUGGGAUAUCGGUCUCGGAAUUGAGAGCUCACGAGCUGCCGAGCUGCGUCAAGCCGUUCGUGAUCAGAAAAAGUCCGAGUACGAGCGCUUGAAGGGCAAAUGGCGGGGGUCCAGCGAGCAAGGAAUGGAGAGGGACAAGGAGGAAUGGCACCGGAUCGACGUCGAUUGUCGCCGAACAGACAGGGAUCAGCCCAUGUUUGCGGUGCCCUCGAAUCUCCGCGGAGAGGAGGAAAAGGAAGGUGGCGGCGCGGGCGACGCACACGGCUCGGAAGCAGAGGAAGGUAGCCAGACCGCGCUGAAUCAGCAUAUUGCCGCCCUUCGCGUCAUCCUAAUGACCUACCACGUCUACUCGCCAGAGCUCGGCUACGUGCAAGGUAUGAGUGACUUGCUCAGCCCAAUCUACGUCGUAUACGAGGGAGACGAGGCGGCCAGCUUUUGGGCGUUCUGUGGGUGGAUGAGGCAGAUGGACGUCAACUUCUUGCGAGACCAAAGCGGGAUGAGGCAAAAGUUGAGCACUCUCCAGCAGCUCAUCAACGUCAUGGACCCGCAACUGUAUCGCAAGCUGGAACGGACGAAUUGCACCUCGAUGUUCAUCUGCUUCCGAUGGCUCCUCAUCGCGUUCAAACGGGAAUUCAAUUUCCCCGAUGUCAUUCGUCUAUGGGACGUUCUGUUCACAACCUACUACUCGGAUUCGUUUGAGCAGUUUGUCGCUCUGGCAGUCUUGCACUCUCAUCGUGAUGUGAUCAUCAGGUAUCUCGUCGAAUUCGACGAGUGCUUGAAGUACUGCAACCAGCUGACGGGAACCAUCGAUCUCGAGUCCACGUUGGCACAAGCAGAAGUCUUAUUCCUCUCGUUCCGUAGCAUGGUGGAAGAGGUUGACCGGAACGAGUUGGUCCGAGCCGGACAAGCUGGGCUGCUGGAACAGGACAACACGCUGAGAAAGCGACGAGGAAGUGUCAGCACGAUCGGAUCGGAGCCGAAGCGAGAUCUGGUCAGCGAUGACCUGAGGGAUCUGCUCGUAGGGUGGAGCAGUCGGACGUGA